AGACCUCUGAUUUAAAGGAAUUCAGAAGUCGUUUCCGCUACUGGAAGUCUCCACUUCCCCGGGCUCAUCUUUUGUAUUCUCCGCCACACACCGGCCGCGCGGAGAACAAGGCCGGGCGCUGCGAGGGCGGGGCAACGGGAGCCUCCGUCGUUUCCUCCUGGCCGCGCCAAGGCCAUGGUGCCGGUGCUUCCGCGGCUGUAUCUGAGCGGCGCCGAUCUUGGCCCGGCAGACGGUUCCGAGAAGCCAGCCGUCACGGCGCUGCUGCAGGUGGACUCGGAGCCUCCCGGAGCCGCUGCGCUUGCGGCCUUCGAGAGCACCCUGUUUGUGCAGGCGCUGGACCGGCCGCAGAGCGAUGUGCUGAGUCGCCUGGACGAGUGCGUGGCUUUUCUUAGCCAAGUCCUGGAGGGCGGAGGAAGCGCCCUGGUGCGCUGUCAUGCUGGAGUUAGUCGAAGUGUUGCUAUUGUGACUGCCUAUUUAAUGAAAACUAAUCAUCUUACUUUUCAAGAGGCCUAUGCCUUUGUUCAAGCCAUCAAACCUGAUGCUAAGAUGAAUGAAGGCUUUGAGUGGCAACUGCAACUCUAUGAAAAAAUGGGUUGUAAGGUUGAUGUUAGCAGUAUUAUUUAUAAGCAGUAUCGUUUGAAAAACAUUACAGAGAACUGUCCUGAGACAGAAGGUUUGCCUGGUCAUGUCUUCGCAAUUGAUCCAAACACAAUACAUCAAAUCCCAAAUCAUGACAUUUUUUACAGGUGCAGGAAAUGCAGCCCAACCCAACUCACAGGGUUGUUGUGGGGAAAAAAAGGAGGAGGAAGGAGCAUUAGGCGUUUGCUGUUCCGUAGUUCAAGCAUUUUACCCCAUGAUGAAGGCAAAGGACCUGCAGCCUUUGCUCACAAAAAAGUUUCAGAACCUGGACCUUUAGGCCAUGCAGGUCAAUCAAACUGUACUUCUUACUUUAUUGAGCCAGUGCAAUGGAUGGAGGCAGCACUAUUAGGAGUGUUGGAAGGACAGCUCCUGUGCCCAAAAUGUACAUCAAAAUUGGGUUCUUUUCAUUGGCAUGGUGAGCAGUGUUCCUGUGGUCAUUGGGUGACUCCAGCCUUCCAGAUUCACAAGAAUCGUGUUGAUGAAGUAAAAAGAUUGCCCAUUGGGGAGCCAAAGAAUGUGAGAAAGUGAACUUGGUUGUAUUAGGACAGCUGCAUAUACCUGGCAUAAAGAGACACAAUUUAAUCAAUGCUUUAAAUAUCAGUGGCCUUGUACAGUAUUUUUCUUUUGACUUUACAAUAAUAGUAGGCCAAAUAUACUUGCAUAUCACAACGGAACAUUUCUUGAAAUAGUUUUAAUUACUUAAACUGAACACUAAAAUUUGUGGUCACACCAGGGUACAUUUGCACAACAUGACUGCUACCAACCAAGAUUACUGUAGCUGCAAAUAUGUCUAGAGGCGCUUCCUUCUGAACAACUCUGCAUUGUGUAUGUGAACUGCAUUUUCCCAAUAAAAAUAAUUCCUGAAA